AUGAUCACCCGCCCCCUGUGUCUGCCACUGACCACCCUCCCCCUGUGUCUGCCACUGACCACCCUCCCCCUGUGUCUGCCACUGACCACCCUCCCCCUGUGUCUGCCACUGAUCACCCUCCCCUUGUGUCUGCCACUGAUCACCCUCCCCCUGUGUCUGCCACUUACCACCCUCCCCCCGUGUCUGCCACUGACCACCCUCCCCCUGUGUCUGCCACUAACCACCCUCCCCGUGUCUGCCACUGAUCACCCUCCCCCUGUGUCUGCCACUUACCACCCUCCCCCCGUGUCUGCCACUGACCACCCUCCCCCUGUGUCUGCCACUGACCACCCUCCCCCUGUGUCUGCCACUGACCACCCUCCCCCUGUGUCUGCCACUGACCACCCUCCCCCUGUGUCUGCCACUGAUCACCCUCCCCCUGUGUCUGCCACUGAUCACCCUCCCCCUGUGUCUGCCACUGACCACCCUCCCCCUGUGUCUGCCACUAACCACCAUCACCCUCCCCCUGUGUCUGCCACUGAUCACCCUCCCCCUGUGUCUGCCACUGAUCACCCUCCCCCUGUGUCUGCCACUGACCACCCUACCCCUGUGUCUGCCACUGACCACCCUCCCCCUGUGUCUGCCACUGACCACCCUCCCCCUGUGUCUGCCGCUGACCACCCUCCCCCUGUGUCUGCCACUGAUCACCCUCCCCCUGUGUCUGCCAAUGAUCACCCUCCCCCUGUGUCUGCCACUGACCACCCUCCCCCUGUGUCUGCCACUGACCACCCUCCCCCUGUGUCUGCCACUAACCACCAUCACCCUCCCCCUGUGUCUGCCACUGAUCACCCCCCCCCCUGUGUCUGCCACUGA